AUGGUUGCAGGCAGGAAUGAUGACGCUAUUGCUGAGGCAUUGGCGAUGUUGGCUGGUGCUAUUGGUCAGAUCCCUCCAGCGAAUGCGGGUAACCGGAACAGGGAUGAUGACGAGUACCGUGCUUUAAGGAGAUUCCAGAGGAACAAUCCUCCUGUCUUUGAGGGUGAACAUGAACCUGAUAAAGCUCAAGCUUGGCUGAAGGCAAUUGAGAAGAUCUUUAGAGUUAUGAACUGUACUGAUGCUCAGAAAGUGCAGUUUGGUACUCAUAUGCUGGAAAAGGAAGCUGAAGAUUGGUGGAACAACACUCUUCAGAGGUUUGAAGAAGAUGGCAUUGAGGUUACUUGGGAUCUUUUCCGUGAUGUCUUCUUAGAGAACUAUUUUCCUGAAGAUUGUCGUGGGAAGAAAGAGAGUCGGAUUUAUGAUGAGGACAGUAGAGAGAGUGCUUCUCUCUACAAGAGUUUGAAAGGAAAGAAUCAGGAUCGUGGGAAACCGUAUGAUGACAAGAGGAAACAAGCUUGUUUUGGCCAGAAGCCAAGUUGGGGAGGAUCUUCUACUCCACUUAAGUGCUUCAAAUGUGGUGUUGAGGGUCAUAAAGCUGCUGAGUGUAAGAAAGAGGUUACUACUUGUUUCAAGUGUGGCAAGUAUGGUCACAUAGCUACUAAUUGUAGAGGUGGUUCGAAUGUGACUUGUUUCAACUGUGGAGAGAAAGGUCACAGGUUUUGGGAUCGACUUAGUUUGUCUUCCUUUAGAACAACUUGA